AAUUUUUAGUACCUCUUCUUUAUAAAUACUGGAGUUGUUAAAACCUGAAUAACAUUCGUUGUAAAACUAAGUUUCUUGUCCAAAACGAGUAUAAUAUGCUAUAUCGGGUUGUACUUGUUUGCUUUUUGGGCAAAUUCACUGCUGAUGCAUAUAAUGAGUCACCGUGUAAAGACAGGGUAGUUGAUGGUCGUGCUGGUGUGUGUAUUGACACAAGUUGCUGUGCUCAUGGAGACUACAAAAGUGGACUUUGUCCAACUCAACCAAAUCACAUCAAAUGUUGUUUCAAUAACGAUAUUUGUGCAGCAGAAGAUUGUAGUGGAGUUGAAAUAGUUUCACGAUCCCAGUGGGGUGCUCGGAAUCCAACUGGAAGCUCUACACUCUCAGCCCCAGUGAACGUAGUACUGAUUCAUCACACUGCUGGGUCUUCUUGCAACAGUUUAUCAUCAUGCUCCGCUACAGUAAAGUCAAUCCAAAACCACCAUAUGAACAAUAAAAAAUGGUCAGAUAUUGGGUACAACUUUCUGAUUGGUGGAGAUGGACGAGCUUACGAAGGUCGUGGUUGGACAAAAGUUGGAGCCCACUCGCCUAAUUAUAACAGAAGAUCAAUAGGAAUUUCCGUUACGGGGAAUUUUGAGGAGGACACACCGAGUUCGGCUGUGUUACAAGGAAUCAAAAAUCUAAUCGAAUGUGGGGUUUCUAAAGGUUACAUAACAAAAAGUCACACAGUCCACGGUCACAAAGACGCUAAGUGUACCAAAUGCCCGGGAGUCCAUUUAUACAACACCAUCCAAACUUGGACCAAUUAUGGAGGAAAGCUACCUGAUUAUAAGUGUUGAUUGGAUGUUUAAGUGAUACUAACUUGGCUUGACUACUUUGUUACAUAUUUUGUUUUAUGUAACAGGGAUAUAAUUUUAAACUCUUACAAUCAGUUAUAUUAACUCACGAAAAAAUACUUCAACAAUCUCUAUAUUUUUGAAAAUUUGAUUCACUAAUUUGAUUUGUUUUGUCACGUAAGAUGAAGGGGUUACGUCAGACUUGCCUCUUAGCGCCCUUUUUGUUUCUUUUAUAUAUAACACUGAAUAAAGCUUU